CACUCGCGCCACCUGCUGUCUCCGCCCAACGGCGACGGCAAAACGCUUCUACGUCGUCGAUAGCGGCGGCGGCGCUUUCUGGAAAGGAAAACUCCAUUCACUUUCUUGCAACCGCCGGAAAUAAAGGCUAAUGAACAGGUCGGAGACGCUGCUUCGUCUGGAUUCGCGGCAGAUGAUGAAGUUCCGCAUGCUCUGCCCUAGCGGACUUAUCGGGUAUAAGGCGGCCGGAGUCCGAGACCUGGGGAGCCAAACCGGCUGCAGAAUCUUCGUAGAGAAUGCUGUCCGGCCGUGCCUGGAGCGAGUCAUCAAUGUAACCGGCGGCGCCGCGGUUGAGAUGGCCAUCUUUUUAAACGACGGCACUGGUGAGCUGGAGAUGGUGGUUGUUUCUGCUGCGCAGGAGGGUUUAUUUAGGGUUUUAGAGACGAUUUUGGAGUUGGAAGGGAAUGGAGACGACGAGGAGAGAGUAGUCGAGUGUAGAUUGCUUGUAGAUUCGUCUCACAUUAGGGCGCUUAUGGGGGAGACACCAGGGCAAAACGUUGAUGCUAUUAGGAGGAUCCAUGGAGCAACGAUUAAGGUUCUGAACAAGGAACAUCUUCCAGCUUGUAUCGGCAAGGCCGAGGAGUUGAUUAUUCAGAUAAUGGGUAGAAGUUUGUGCGUGAAGAGAGCACUAGUUCUGGAAGUUUCUCGAUGUCUUCAAGAUUGCGCAACUGGAAGAAUACAGGCUAACAUGUCUUCUGGAGUGAUGCCAAUUAAUGAAAAUCGUGACAGAGUUCUUAGCGUGGAUGAAGAGAAUGUUCAACUCAAAAUUGCUUUUAGGUUACUCUGUUCUAACAAAUCAGCUGGAGGUGUGAUAGGCUGUGAUGGCACUGUUGUCCAUGCUUUGGAGAAAGAGACAGGAGCUGCUAUUAGCUUUUAUCCUGCAGUUCAUGGGUCCAACUAUCGUGUUGCAUUCAUAUCUUCGCUCGAGAAAAGAGAUCCAGUGUGCCCAUCUGCCCAAAAUGCUGUUAUCCGAGUUUUUGAGAAAUCCAUGGAGGUUGCUUCUGAUUGGGGAUUAAUUUCAUGUUUAUGCAAUGAGACAAUUGUAACUGCCAAGCUUCUAGUUGCACGACAUGAGCUCAGAUGCCUGAUUGAUGACAAAGGACAAAUUGGCACUGAUAUACGUAUCGCAUCUGGUGUUAAAAUAAAGCUAUCACCAACAGACCUGCCUCAGAAUUUAGAUGCAGAAAAUGAUGAAGUGAUCAAGAUUGUAGGGGAGUACGAUAAUGUAAAGGUUGCCCUCUUUCAAGUUACUGGUAAGCUGAGGGAGAAUAUCUUCUCAAGAUUUGUCUCUGAGGGUGUAGCGUGUGAGCAGUAUCCAAACUCUUCAGUGCCCAAAAGCAGUCACAAUGAAGCGGCGAAGCGCAGUUAAAUUUGGUUCCAGAAAUGGAUCCUGAAAAAAAUGGAUCCCCUCAGAUUGGUGCCCAACCUCAGGGGUCCUCAUAAACUGUUGUCCAACAAACAGAGGGGUUUCUUCCUCAGAGGAUUAAUGUGAAAGGGGUAACAAAUAGAACUGUGGAGAUUGUUGUUCCAGAACAAAAGAUGGGUCAUCUCACCAUGUUGAAAGAGCUCAGGCGCUGAGAUCACAGUGCAAGAUCCACAUCCUGGAGAAAACACUGGAAAGGUGAUUAUAUCAGUCUAUUUUAGACCAUAAAAACUACUACUUCGAUACCAGCUCCACCAAAUUGAAUCCAUUCUAGUUACUCUCAACAAUUUUGCCUCUCGUAUCCCUUUCCAAACAGUUCAUAGCUGUUAUACAUACAUUCACUGACCUGUAAGUAUAUGUACAAACAACAUGUCAAUAUGGAUCAGCCCUGCAAUCGCUGUAUACUUGUAUUUGGAGUCUAUUAAUGUUCAAUGUUACCCUC